AUGAGCAACAACAUCCUCAACAGCAAUAAGUCGAAGUUCAUAAUAAACACUUCUGUUGAGUAUUUUGCGGCUAGCGUAAGCGGUGGCCCGACUGCUGACGAGCAUCUGUCUGCCGUACAGGAGUUCCUCGAGAACGAUGAACUGACCGUCAUCGCAGCGGUGCAUAACAAAUCGGAUGGCAGCAUAAAAUUUCAUCAUCGCAUACCUGGUGACGAGGUUUGCUUGCUAUUUUACAAGAUACCGCAGGCUGGCGGCGGCAAGAGUGAGGCAUACGACCAACCGCUUGGUAUUUUGACGCUCGAGGGCGGAUUGGUCAAGUCAAUUUACAAUUCUGUUUCGCGUGUAUUCUCACCGCAAGCUGAAGCCAGGAAAACCGAAUACAGUUCAGAGUUGAGCGGUCUGCUUGAAAAUUUACAUGUUUCUUUGGGUUCAACUUUGGGUUUACCGCAAAGUGGCAUUACAUCACUGAGAGAUGAAAUUAAACAUUGGCGACAGAAAUUAAAUCAGAAGUCCAGUUCUCGCAUUGACCGUGAAAUGUCUCAAGCUUUUAUUGGUUUACUUGAGAAUAUUGACAAACAGAUGAGUUCGAUGGCUUAUACAAACACCGGCACGAGUAUUGAAGAGUUCCUAGACAGUUCACACAAUCUUCUAGAUGAGCUGUGGCGCUUACCRUACCAGUAUCCACAGGCACGUAUGGCUGACUUAUUGGAUAUCAUAGGUAAUCGACUGAUAGCAAUAUGUGCAGAACAACUGGUAAUGGAGGAUAUGUGGAGUUUGAACUCACAUAACGUCAACCCGCAAAUGAGUCAAUGCAUUGAUACAGCCGAAUCCUGGAUGCAACUUUGUGACUCACUUACACGCCUCUUCUGGCCUAAUUAUGUGCAGCAUCCCUGGRUUGGUGAGCCACAUGUGUCUAAGCGAGCACAACAGUUUAAAGAACGGAUUUUAGAGAUAAAGAACAUCAGGAAUCUCUACAAACAAAUUGCCACCUUAUUAGACGAUGAAGAAAUGCAGAGCAUGCUAUUUGAGACUUCACCAUUUAAAGAAGUCAAUAUUUUCGACACCACCCCUUUGGGUCAAUCGAGGUGGAAUAAAGCUUUACAACACUUUGAACAAGUGCUGCAACCCAUUGACGAACGCAUUGCCUCUGCACUGAAAGCUCAACUUCAUAACCACCUCAGCAAUCCACGGCAAGUUAUAUUCAUUUUCUCAAAAUAUGAAACACUCAUACAGCGCCCAGCUGUGCUAGAGCUAUUGACGAUCGAACGAGAACAGUUUCUGCAGUCCUUGCAAUUUCUGUUGCAAGAUUUGCGCAAAGCAAUGUCCGAUACGAAUAUGGAACCCGAUACCGGUCAUCUAUCGGUGAUUUGCAAUGAAUGUCGUUGGUUAAARGUCGUGCAAUAUCAGAUACAGGAAAUUGAGACAGUUAGUCAUUUGAUCAGUGGUCGUGAGGGUUUCGACAAGCUUAACAAGGCGGUGCAAGAGAUCAAAGAGGAGACAGAGUCUUUACUACGCACCAACUUUGAGAUUUGGUGUGGACAGUGUUCCACAAACGUGAAGAGUGGAGAGUUAAGAUUGCGAGAAGAUCAACCUGUCGUUAAGUUCGAGAAGGAAGGUCGACAGUUAAUGCGCGUUACAUUCAAUCCGAAAUUGGUUACUUUCUGUCAGGAUGUGCGAGAAUUCGAAAAUCUCGGUUACAACGUGCCUUCAGAACUGCGUUCAUCAGCUGCACAUGCCGCCAAAUUUAUGAGCUAUGCACGACGUCUGCAACAGAUCGCAACGUUUCACAAUACAAUUGGCGAUCGUAUGAUACCAUGUGAGAGACCGAUCAUGUUGAAGAAUGCGGUAGAGUUGUCGAAAGUAGUGCAGAGUGAGACGGUGGCCUGGAAUGAUGAAGAGUCGGUGCAACGUUACAUAGAUAUGCUGCAAAGUGCUGUUUCGAAGCUAUCUGCCGAUAACACCCUUCUAGUGGGCUACCAUGAGCAGGCAAAAAGAUCGGUAAUUAAACUAAUGAAUACCGAUUUAUUCACACAAAACCAAGUGUGGAAGGAUGAAAUGCGACAUCUGCGUGAGCUGGUGGCAACAAUGGAGCGUCAAGGAUAUACCAACUUGGAUGCUUUCAAAUUACAUUGGGACCAUCAACUAUAUAAGGUUUUGGAAUACCAGUACAUCAUCGGCCUUGUAGAUAUGAAUAAUAAACUGCCAGAUAUACAUAUCGAUAUUUUAUUCAGACAACGUCAGCUUUGUUACCGUCCACCCGAAGAAGAGAUACGCGAAAAAUACUUUACUCAACUUCGACGCUUUAUCGAACGACCCAGUAGUUUUCGGGGACUGUCAGACAACAGUACUGAGCUAUUCAAAACAAUGAUUGAAAUUAAUCGCCGCUACUUCGGACCACUCUUCGAACGCGCCGAGGAACUAUUUCGGAAGCUUGAAGAAUUCAAAAAGAUCUGGUUGCCUUGGGUCGCAUUAGGUUGUGUUGACAUAGAGGAGUUAUCUGAUAUACACCUAACAACAUCGGAGGACUGGGAUCGUGAGUUUAGAGCAUGCAAAAAUUUCGGCCAGAAAAUUGCAAAAAUUCAGAACUCCGAAGAGGCUAUUGACUGCAUCAUUAUCAAUACUUCGCCAUUGCGUUCGGAAAUUGAGUUGAUUAGUCGACGAUAUUGGGAAUCAUUGACCAACAGCUUGAGAACGGCAAUUGUCAAUGACGUCACCGUAUUACAGGAGUUUUUGCAGAACUCACUACAGUUUCUGAAUAAUGUACCCAUGGAAGAGACUUCCAUAACUGAGUCCGGCAUGAAAUAUGAAAAAAUGAUGUCGGAACUACCGAAGAUAUCAGAAACGCUUGAUUCGGUAAAAAGUAAAGACGCCUGCCUCGCUGGUUGGUGCAAAGAGCGUGUCACCGCCUUAGCUAAUAUUCUAUUGCAAUGGGAACGGCUACAGCCUCUUAUUGAAAAUCAUGCGGUUGUACUUCAACGUCAAGUCGAUAUGCUAAAGGAUCAAGCGCACUCGCAAUUGCAGAAUUUACAAAAUGAAGCCGAGAAAUUUCUGCUUCGCUGGGAAUCCACAAUCAAUGAACUAGAGAGCAAUGAAGACGCCACCUUAGAACUUUUUAAGGAACGUCGUGAGCAUUGGCAGCAAAUAAAGACAAGAAAAACACAAUUGCUAGAGGAAUGCAGUAAAUUUAAUAUGCAAUUUCCAACAGAGUUGCUGGCUCCAUUCGAGGAAAUUGAAGAAAAAAUGCUUGUACAGUCGAAACAGUGGGAAGUUUAUGACAACUAUCUUACUGAAUUGAACAGCAUUACCGAUGAAGAGUGGGCCAUCUACCGUCGACGACCUUAUGAGCUGAAUGAGUUCAUCAAUAAGUGGGAGGGUUCAGUGCAUGCGUCCAUCGAUCUGCCUUCCAAGCGUAUACGUCAAAGUGUGGAGCGGCUACAGGAGGUUAUGCCUAUAUUACAACAAUUACAAUCCGAUACUUUAACGGAGCGCCACUGGGCUCGCAUUUUUAUGCUGUUGAACAAGCCGGAUCCAAAACCUAUGCACACCCUACUUUUGCGUGAUGUAUUAGAAAAUUGUGGAGCUCUCCAACAGGCCUCUGCGGAAAUAACAAAACUCGUGAAACAAGCAGCUUCGGAGCAAAUUGUUCGUCAAGCCUUAACCGAAUUGGAUCAGUGGUCGGUAACGGCUAACCUAAAGCUGAUAAAUCACAACGAUUCUGACGGCAAAGCAUUAUCACUUAUUAAGGACUACCAGGAGGUGUUAAACAAAAUUGGCGAUAAUCAGUCCCUAUUGCAGUCAGCUAAAAAUUCAGCAGCUUUUGAGGCAUUCUCAGAUCAGGCAGACUUAUGGGAGAGUCGACUAAGUACAUUGGAUACGCUUCUAACAAGUUUAAGUCAAUCGCAAAGACGUUGGGUGUAUCUGGAGCCUGUUUUCGGUGCGGGCACCUUACGUAAUGAAGAGGCACUAUUUCGUCGUAUUGACAAGGAUUUUCGCUAUGUGAUGCGUGAAAUUCAAGCGGAUCCUCGAGUAAUAUCACUUACCAAGAUUAAUAACAUAUCAACUAUUGUGAAUUCGCUAGAAACGCAGCUAGCGCGUUGUCAAAACAAUCUCAUGACCUAUAUUUUCGACAAACGAAAUUCAUUUCCACGCUUUUAUUUUCUUGGUGAUGAUGACUUACUCGAGUUAUUGGGACAGGCAACAAAGGAUGCUGAAAUUAUACAAAAACAUAUUAAAAAGCUCUUCCCCGGCUGCCAUAGUCUGGGCAUAGCAAAAUCACUGAGCGAAGAACCGACUGUGUACACCAUACAAUCUGUGCAAAGUGCCGAAGGCGAUGUGCUGCAGUUGCAACAAGUCGUGCCUAUGAAGGGUCCCAUUGAGGAUUGGCUCAAUCACUUAAUUAACUCCAUACAGCGUACACUCAAGGAUGCAAUAUUUGAAUGCUACACAGUCACAGGGGCCGACAAAUUCUCCGAGUCGAUGCUGCGAAAAUACCCCAUCCAAGUAUUAAGCACCAGUCGCGCCAUCCAAUUCACCCACGAAGCCGAGAAAGCCAUACAGUCUAUGUCGUUGCGAAAACUGCAUCAGGCGUUGAACACUGAAAUAACACACUUCGCCAAUAUGAAAAACCAAACAAACGACACACUGCUUCAGAUUAAACUGCGCGCACUGCUCUUCGAUUUGGUGCACUACGCGUCGGUGGUGGAGGGCCUACAGCAGCAUAAUGUUAUGCACAGCACCGAUUGGCAUUGGCUGAGCCAGUUGAAGUUCUAUUUGGCCGGCACUGACGGACGCUUAGUCGUGAUGCGUAUGGUUUACGCUGAGUUCGAGUACUCGUACGAAUUUCUCGGCAAUCCCAAUAAGCUGGUGAACACCAAGCUGACGCACAAAUGUUAUCUCAUCCUCACACAAGCGAUGCAUAUGGGGCUGGGUGGCAAUCCGUUCGGACCGGCUGGCACUGGCAAAACAGAGUGUGUGAAAGCUUUGAGCGCCAUGUUGGGUCGCUUAGUGUUGGUUUUCAACUGUGAUGAGAAUGUGGACACUGAAUCGAUGAACCUAAUUUUAACUGGACUGGCGCGAUGCGGCGCUUGGGGCUGCUUUGAUGAAUUCAAUCGUCUGCAUGAAGCAACGCUCUCGGCAAUUUCUAUGCUAAUACAACCCAUACAGAUGGCUUUAAAGGAUAAGGCCGAUGUGGUGCAAAUUGGCGAGAGAAACGUCAAGCUCAAUCAGCAUUGCGGUAUUUUUGUCACAUUAAAUCCAGCUGGCGCCGACUAUGGAGGCCGCCAAAAAUUACCCGGGAACAUACAAGCACUCUUUCGGCCAAUUGUGAUGCAACAACCAGAGCCGUUGGAAAUAUCACGUGUCAUGCUAUUUGUGGAGGGAUUUCAACACGCCAACGAAAUUGCCGAACGCAUUGUCGAACUCUUCGAUUUGUGCACAAAAAUGUUAUCCGCCCAACGCCACUAUGAUUGGGGCUUACGCGAGUUGAAAACCAUUUUACUAGCUUGCGGCGCUGAACUACGUACUCAGUUAAGCAACAACAAAAAGCUCAAGAGCAUUGACAUUACAACAGCAGACACUACGGUUAACAGUUUGAAUAUGGAAAUGUCAACUGUAGUAUACAUGUUACGCAUGUCCAUUCUAUCGAAACUCCAUCUACACGAUGUGGCGCGAUUCGAUAUGUUGGUGACAAACGUUUUUCCGGAAAUUGAAAAAGUCGCUUUUUGCAAAUCUGAGCUGCAAMAAGCGUUAGUUGAGGCCUUUGGGAAACUCGGACUCUGCGUCAACGACAUGCAAAUGGGAAAGGCGCUGCAGUUGCAUGAACAGCUCAACAAGCGUAUGGGAGUGGUGGUAGUAGGACCUCCAGGGUGUGGAAAGUCGACUGUAAUCACAUUGCUAAGACAAGCUUUGAUCGCGACACAAAUCCGACUACAUACAAUCAAUCCRAAAUCGAUGAGUCGCGUUCAACUGCUCGGUCGCCUUGACCCAGACACGCGUCAAUGGAUGGACGGCGUGUUGACCAAUACGGCUGUAAUGGUGAAUGCGGAGCCGUCAAAUAUUCACUCGUGGAUAGUGUGCGAUGGCAGUAUUGAUCCAGAGUGGAUUGAAGCUUUGAAUUCCGUGCUAGAUNGCGAUGGCAGUAUUGAUCCAGAGUGGAUUGAAGCUUUGAAUUCCGUGCUAGAUGAUAAUAGAUUGCUUACRCUGCCUUCAGGUUGGCGCAUACAAUUCGGCAACAACGUCAACUUUAUUUUCGAGACCGAUGACGUACGACACGCUUCGCCAGCGACCAUAUCGCGCAUGGGCAUUGUGAACAUGAGCGCGGCCGACUUUCCACGUACAGAAAUACUGGACUCCAUGCUAGGCAGGAUAGAGUUUGGCGAUUUGCUGCGCAGCUAUAUUGAUGAGCAGUUCAAGCCAGCCGCACAAUGGGUCGAAAAGGAGUAUCUCUACUCUUUACCUGCUCUAGACACAUGGAACUUACUAAGCACUCUGCUGCUGAUGUUGCGCGACGUACAAAGACGCGAUGAGUUCUGUGUAAYAUUAUGCCGUGCUUUAUAUGGGUUUCUGCCAACCGAACGCCACAACGAACUAGCCAAUUACGUAUUUGAACGCGCCAAUAUUUACAUCAGCAAUCCGAAUCACGCUGAACUGGCCUACUUUGAAAACGAACGCGGCGCGAUUGAGUUCUAUGAGUCAGAAAACCUACCGUUAGUGGGCGUAAGCGGCGCGGUGCAGCUUAUACAAACUGCCGCCGUCAAAUCUUAUUUGUGUAUUUUAUGCACCUACUUAAGCGCACCCGCCAACACACCUUUCCUCAUUGUGGGCCCCACAGGAGCGGCCAAGACGCUGUUGAUGCAGCAGGCUAUACAGGAAUAUGCCGGCUAUGAUUUAAUURUCAUUAAUUGUUCGAUGCAACUAACACCCGCCUACGUUUUGCAUUGCUUGAAGCAGAACUGUGUCGUUGUGAGCAGCCUGCGUGGCCGCGAAUUCAAAGCAAGACAAACGCGUGUGGUUUUGUUUCUGAAAAAUCUGGAUCUCUGUUAUUUUGACACUUGGGGCACAAGUGAUGUCAUGGAACUACUGCUGCARUUGGUGCAACGUGCCGGUUUCUACGCAGACAAUUUAGAAUGGGUACAUGUUAGUGGUGUGCAAAUAUGUGGCUCGGUCUCACAGGCUACGACGUCGUUAAUGAGUGGGGGGCUGCAUAAGCUGCCGCCACGUUUUCUGGCGAUAAACAAAUUCCUGCGCGUCAGUUACCCAACCGACGCAGAUAUGUUGACAAUCGUGCAGAGCCAGUUGGAACCCAUAAUGGCAAGCGGACACUUUAAAACGGCGGGAAUGAACGUGCAGUAUGUGGUUGAGGGACUCUUGGAAUUAUUCAAGAAAGUGCGUGCAACUUUCUCARCUUCGUCUCACGCGUGGGAGCAUUACAAUUUCAAUCCAAAGUUCAUAAUGAAAUURUUGCACAAUCUUAAAUAUUAUCCCGCCGAGGCCUUCAACGAGGCUUUAUGUGCGGAAGUGAUUUCUAUAUUCGAAGAUCGCUUGGCCAGUACGUCAGAUGUGCAUGAAUUUCAGAGUCUCUUCAGACAGACAAUGCGUAAAUUCUAUGGCAGAGAGAAAGUAUUCUUCGUGCCCAGGACGACGCAGCACAACGCUGAGCUUUGCGCGCUCGCACACGAUGAGUGGUUGGAAGAGUUGCAGAAACAGAUAACGAUUUGCAAUGCCGAGUCCUUCGUGAUUGACCAACCGAUUACCAGAGAGCUACUUGAUUUGACAGCAAAAGUGGCACGAGURCUAGCGCGUGAUGAGACACAUCUGCUGAUGCUUUCGCGCCCUGGUGGCAGGCAUGUGGAUGCGCUCUACGCGGCMGCCAAWCUGCAGCAAGCCAAAAUUUAUAUCACACAAGGAGGACCUGGAUAUGGCAUACAAGAUUUCUACAAUGACUUAAAAUUGGCCAUGCAAACUGCAGCGCUUGAGAAUCAAUGCACUAUACUACUCAUAGAGCACUGCUGGAUCACGUUUGCGCCGGAUAUUUUAAAACCAAUUGAWGCGCUGCUUGAAGGCAGCGAAAUACUGAACUUAUUCGGCGAAGAUCUGGAAUCUAUAGCAAGUUCACUUAAGCAUGCUGCACAGUUGGAGGGUUUCCAGGAGUCUAUAAGCGCCUACUUUUUGAAAAAGGCUAAGAAAAAUUUGCACCUCAUCAUCGCGCUGGAUCCAGCUAAUACCGCGCUUAACGGGUUGUUUAGCAAGUUUCCGGCGCUUUACCGUAACAUGGAGUUGUAUUUCAUACGUGCUCCCUCCACCGAAACGCAGAAUCAACUGCCAAAGAAAUAUAUUGAAUUGCUUGGCGAGGCUACGGGCAGCAGAGGCGCUGUGCCUGUAUUUUCCUACUUUACCGACGCUGUGGAAAGCUUGGUAAUGCAGCAGGCACCGAAGCGUUAUUAUCAACUGAUAUGCACCUACUAUUAUAUUUACACCAAUUUUGCCAAGGACAUAAACAAGAGGCUGGUCAAAUUACAGCAUGGCGUUGACAAAUUGGCCGCGGCGCACAACGUUGUAGACACGCUCAAAUCGAACGCCAGUCAACAAGAGGAGGCGCUCGCUGAUAAACGCAAACUGGCCAACGAUGCGCUCGAAAUGAUUUCGGCAACUAUGCGUAGUGCCAACGAUCAGAAGACCAACAUGCUGGAACUGAAGAAGAAGACACAGGAAAGCAGCGAACAACUGAAAGARCGUCAGAAGGAGAUACAAAAGGAACUCGCCGAAGUGGAACCCAUACUCGCCGAGGCAAGCACAGCAGUGGGUCAGAUAAAAUCGGAAGCGCUCUCCGAGAUACGCUCACUGCGUGCGCCGCCCGAGACUAUACGUGACAUACUUGAGGGCGUCUUGCGGCUGAUGGGUAUACGUGAUACUUCGUGGAAUAGCAUGAAGACCUUUCUGGCGAAACGUGGUGUAAAAGAAGAUAUACGCUCGUUGGAUCCGGCACAUAUAAAUCCRGAUCAUUGUGCCGCUGUAGAGAAGUUAUUGGAUGCGAAAGCAGAAUCCUUUGAGAUGAAGAAUGCCAAACGCGCUUCUGCCGCUGCGGCACCACUUGCCGCCUGGGUGAAGGCCAGCGUGCGCUACUCGAAGGUCAUACAAAGCAUACGUCCACUUGAGCGCGAACAAAACGAACUMCAGCGCAACUUAGACGUAGCCGAAGGUGAAAUGCAAAGCUUAAUGAGCGGCUUAGAUGAUGUGGACAAACGCGUAAAGCAGUUGUCAGCCAAACUGAAUGCUUACACACAGGAAGCAGCAGUGCUGGAGAUUAAGUUGGACGAUGCGCGUAAAACGCUGCAUGCCGCUGAGGUGCUAAUUGAGAAACUUAACUCUGAGUUCCAUACAUGGAGCAUCCAGCUGGAGGAAUAUAAGACAUCACAUAAAACUCUGGACACCAAAUCGCUGUURAUUGCGCUAGCCAUCAACUACUUUUCACAUCUGACUUUGGAGCGCAGAAGCUUCAGUAUGGAUCGCCUACUUGGCGAACUGCAGCUGCGRCCAUUUGAUCUACGUAAGAGCUUACUCACCGAGCAGGAACAAAUUAUUUGGGAGAGUAUGGGUCUCGCAUCUGAUGCGCAGAUAAUCGAAAACGCCGCGUUACUACGUCAAAUGGUUGACCUGCCUUAUGGCAGCUGCCCCAUACCUUUGGUCUUAGACCCGACACAGACAGCCAUCAAAUGGUUGGAGGAAUAUUUGCGCUCCAAAGCCAGACCUUACGACAUCACUACACAAAAUAAUGAACGUUUGGGCUACGUGCUUGAACUGGCCGUCCGUUUUGGCAAAGUACUCGUGGUGCAGGAUUGUCAACAGAUACGUCCGCCACUGCUACAAUUAUUGCUUGGACGCUUUUUCGUCAAGUUCGGCAAGAAACAGGUAGAAGUGGGCUCAAAAAUGAUCGAUCUACAYGAACAAUUUCAGCUUGUACUCUUUACCAAGACUAAUAAGUUGAACAUUCAACCUGAAACUUUGAGCUAUUUGACUUGUAUACCUUUUACCGUUACCGCGAUUGGCCUAGCGGAUCAACUCAUGUCAAAAGCAAUAGUUUUGAAGAAUCCAGAACUGGAACGUAAACGUAUAGAAUUGUUGAAAAAUGAAGGUGUGCUCUUGAAGCAACGCAUCGAAUUAGAGGACAAACUGCUGGAAGAGCUCUCCACAGCACAAGGUGACAUUUUGAAGAAUGACAUGCUAUUGAGCACGCUUAAUGAGGUCAAAGAGAGUAGCAAUGUCAUUGAUAAGUCACUUAAGGAAAGUGCGCGUGUGAAGGAGUCACUGCUUUCAGACUUUACGAAUCUACGAGGGCUUUGCACACAGUCAGCGAAAUUUUACAUGGAACUCACUGUAACGUACGAAUUGCCAGCCUUAGCGUACAUUCAACUAUUUCUGAACUCACUGCAGACAUUUGAARCUCACAACGCUAGUUCUUCAAGCGAAAAACGAAUCUAUGAGCAAGUGGUCGCAGCGACUUUUCAAUACUUGGCGCGCGCAAUAUCGCGUACGAGCCAUUUAACGUUGGCGUUAUAUGUGUGUAAGUGCGCCUAUCCAGAGCGCAUACCAGCCGCUGAAUGGGAAAUGUUCGUCACGAAUUUUAUGAUSGCAGCUGACGCCAGCAUGGGCAGCGCAGWUUUGGGUWCACAAAUGCCUGAUUAYAUGUCGCAAGAAGCAGUACUUAAACUGAGGAUUUUGCUGACGCAAGUGCCACAACUAGAAGAGCAGUUGCAAUUGCAGAAAGAUUACGCCUGGCGCAGUUUCAUAGUGGAUCAGCUACAGGACAUUCCAGGGGACAUCCAAUCCGCCUUUCAUCGGGUACUCAUCGUGCAGAUAUUUCGAGCAGACCUUUUGUUCCUGCAGUUACGSCGCACAGCUGUUGAAAUAUUAGGAAUUUCCCCAGAUGCUGUGCCACAGCCAACUGUGGAUCAACUUGCCGAUGAAAACACUGAAAACAAACCCAUUCUUGUAAUUACACAAACAGAAAAUGAUCCAGGCACUGAAAUUAGGAGUGCUGCGAUCAAAAAAAUUGGUUUGGAAAAAUAUACAGAACUUUCCGUUGGGCGUGGUAUGGAACGUCGAGCACUAGAAGCUGUGCGACAAGCAGCUGAGGUCGGCARGUGGAUAUGCAUAAAAAAUGUGCAUCUGGUGCCAGAUUGGUUGUCAGAUCUGGAUCGUGAACUUGAGCUUUUGAAGAAACGUGAUGGCUUUCGCUUAUGGCUUACUUGUGAAUCAACUAGUGGCUUCAAUGAGACGAUUAUGUACAAGUUUGUAAAAAUAUUGUAUGAAUUUCCAAACGGUAUUAAGCAAAAGGUUCGACGCAUGUUACAAAACUUUACGUUAAGUGAAUAUCGCGGCAUUUCGAAGGACGCUAAGCUUGUUAAAAUACGAGUUGUGAUUUUCAUCGUUGCUGCGGUGCUGCAGGAGCGGCGCAAAUUCAUUCCACAGGGUUGGUCCAAAUACUACGAGUUUGGUGAGGCCGAUUUGAAAGCUGCAAUGGAAAUCCUGCUAUGGCUGGAUAAAACUAUGAGCAGCGGUCGUUGUGAUUGGACGAUUUUGCAACGUUUGUGUGAAAAUGUUGCUUUUGGUGGGCGCAUAAGCAAUGCACGUGAUAUAAAAGUGUUGCAGCGGUAUUUAGAAGAGUUUUGUUCAGCUGAAGUUCUAAGCAAUCGUUGGACCACAUUAAAUACGAAAGUUAUUGUACCUACAAGUUCCCAAGUGCUUGAUUAUAUCAGCGCRAUUUCGAAAUUUCCCGAUUCAGAUGAACCAGAAGUAUUCCACUUGUCAAACUAUACAAACAUCAAUCGUGAAAUUGAACAUUCUAAGAAUAUUAUUAACGAGUUACGAGCUUCAUACUAUAAAAAACCAGAUAGUGCAGAAGAAUCAGUUGAACGUGAGCUGGAAAGCACUGACUUGAAUAAAUUAGAAAAACAAAUUAAACCGAUAUUGGCACUUUGGAAGAAACUAGCUGUUAAAUGUACAAUUCAAAAAACUCUCGAGGAUAUGAAUGCUUCUUCGCAACUUGCAUCACCAUGGCAACUAUUCAUUGCGACAGAACUAAGAACAGCAGCCAAGUGUUUCCAAGAAGUACACCAUACGCUGUCACUCAUACAUAAUUGGCUCAAGGCUGGUUCUAAAAAUACCAAAACCGCGGUAGACUUUAAUUUAUUACAAACCCUGGCGGAAAAUCAAAUACCAGCCUCUUGGCGACGCUGCUGGUGUGGCCCAACAACAGCAAUUGAUUACAUACGCGGCCUAGUGUUACGUGCACAAGCCGCAGAAGUGCGUUAUCGUUCAGACAUUCACUUGGAAUUUGGCCAGAAAAUAGACCUGUCCGCUGUUUUCAAUUGCGGCACUUUAUUCUCUAGCCUCAAGCUGACAAAUUCAGUACAAUUGAAAACUUCUUGUAAGGAUCUUCAGCUUGUCACCAACGUAGUAAACAACAGUAUGGAACACGGUGGACAAGCAGUCGGUUCUAUUAUUACCAUAGCACCGCUGAAGGUGGAUGGUGCAGUUUUCACAUAUGGAAAACUUACAAUAAAAGCAAAUGCAGAUAGUCGAUCACUGGAUCAUAGAUCUCCUGAAAUUUCAUUUACCUUUACACCCUACACCAGUGCUGAGGACAAAACGACUGUACAAAAACCAGCUGCUGGUUUUCUGAAAUUACCUCUGUACUCAAAUGUUAGUCGUGAAAAGUUGCUCUGUUUGGUGGACACUCCAACCACCGAAGCUGCGGAUUUGGUGUUACUAUCCGGAGCAGCACUCAUUGUUCCUGAUUUCUAGGAAUAAACGAAAAUAUUUUUCUUUAAUUACUUUCAAAUAUUUAAGUUAUUGUUAGUGGGCUUAUUACCAUCAAUAUAAUAAAUUAACAUUGAGAAUUAGU